GCUUGGCUCACGUCAGGAGGGCGAGUCUCCCUCACCACCCAGCGUCGAAUACCGCCUCUGAAUAGCGCCAAAAUCGCUCGAGCCUAGAGCAAGCCAUGAACAUGGCCUCCCUCCGCUUUGCUCAGGCGGCGAGGCAGCCUGUCUCCUCUCUGCCAAGCGCGAGCACUGCUAGAAGGUUUUCUGCCCUUGCCUCAGCAAGGUCCAUCUAUGUCGGUUUCGAAGCAUCAUCAGCUUCCUCAUCGCUGCGAGCACAUGGUCGCUGUCAUGCAGCCGAAAGUGCGAGAUCAAACCUGCUGCACACUCAGGGAAGGCGCUCAAUCUUGAGAAAUCAAGGAAAAGGCGCAGGGUUCUCUUCAGCCGUGCCCAGCGGCGCACGCGCUCUGUCGCUGUGGUCAUUUGGAGGGUCCGGCAACAAUUACGAGGCUGCCAAGGAAGCAGGCGCCAGCAGGGCUCACUCGGGGGAGUUUGCAGCAGCCGAUGGAGCCUACGUCCCACCACAGGGCGCAGAGGCAGCGUCAAGAGGGUCGUCAGACGCAUCUGCCGCAUUGGGAGAUGCUCUGCAAAGUUCGCGCGAGGCGGUUGGAGACCUGGCGCAUCAGAUUGGGGAUGCUGCGCAAGCGUCGAGCAGUGGUGCCUUGAACAGUGAUGCGUACGGCGCCGAAUCAAUGACGGCGCUCUCGGAUGGGGCCGCUGGGCUGGCCCAACAAGCGGUGCAGCAAGCUGAGCUUAUAGACUUGGCCGCCAUUCAACAAAAUCACUGGUUCCUGGUGUCUAGUGCACAGGGGCUGCUCGAGAAUGUGCACAUUUGGACGGGCCUACCCUGGUGGAGCACAAUCAUGCUCACCACCAUCGCCAUGCGUCUCAUCAUUUUGCCCGUCAGUGCGCGGGGUCAGACCGCUGCCGUCCGCUUGGGUAACAUGCAGCCCAAGAUGAAAAUUAUAAUGGCAGAUCUGGAAAACGCCAAGAAGAGCGGCGACAUGAUGCUACAAGCAAAGAGCCAGAAGGCGAUGGUCAAGCUAUUCAGGGACAACAAUACCCACCCCUUCAAGCCCAUGAUAACUCCCCUCAUUCAAAGCCCAUUGUUCAUUACUUCUUUCUUCGCGAUACGAGGAAUGAGCAAAGGAGGCUUGUCAACGAUGCAGGAUGGAGGAUUCGGAUGGGUCACAAAUCUCACAGCGGCGGAUCCGUACUAUGCCCUUCCCUUCUUGGGUAUGCUGGCGACUUUGAUCACCUUGGAGAGCGGUGCAGAAAUCGGUGGAACGCCGCAGACUAGCAACAACAUCGCCUGGCGAUAUAUGCUGCGAGGUGGGCUGGUGAUGUCCUUCUUCUUCUUCUGCCAUCUACCUGCUGCGGUAUGGGUCUACUGGGUAACCAACAACACCUGGUCUAUCGCGCAACUCUUCUUUCUGAAUUCAAAGAUGGGCCGAACACUGUUCAACAUUCCAGACCGUGCUCAGAAAGACAAUAGAGUGCCAGAAAAAAAAAUUCCUCUGAAGCAGGCUUUCACAGAGGCCGCUGAGAACGGCCUUAACGUCUAUCGCGGAGCGACAGGACAAAAACCUGUCUCGCUAACGCGGUCUCGACCCGCGCCCGGAAGGUCGCAACAGGGUCUGUCCCCGGACAGAGAGGCGGCGCUGCGGUCAUUCAGCGGAGAAUCAUCUCCAUCGCCAUCACCUCACACAGCGUCCAAGCAGUCAAGUGAUUCGCAAGCCGCGCAACAGCAACAAAGACCUUCGAGUGCCUUGUUCGAUUCUGACCUCACCGCAUCGGGAGGGGAUCAAAAGAGGGGACGUGCAGAAGCGAGACCGCUGCGAACUGCCCAAAAUCCGAGCGAGCGGGCCGAAAGAGAGGCGAGAGCGCGAGAGGAGAGGCGGCAAGCUGUCGCUGCCGCGAGCGCGAGGCAUCAGCCAAAGCAAAAGAGGCGAAUUUAGAGGCGAUUGCCCUUCGUUGACGGAUCGUCUCAGCCUUGUAUCAUUUUGCCCGCUCAAACUUCCUGGGAGUGGGCACGGGAUAGUAGCCAUCAUCUUCCCAUCACGGCGCAAUAUCACACGAUUGUUUGAGAUCGCAUAUAGAACAAGCACGUUGCAGUCGGAUG